AUGUCCUGCCUAUCGUCGCUUGUGGUCUCUCCGGCAGGACUCAUCUCUAUCGUCAACUACCAUCCCUCCGAAGGCGAGGUCGGCGUCCCUAUUUCCGUCCACAUUGAUUUCCACCAUCCUGCCCCAGAAAAAGUAUAUCUACGUCUAAAAGUUGGCUCGACAGCAGUCAGCACUCAAGUCUCCCAGAUAUCUGCAGAAAAAUAUGGCCUUUAUAAGCUUCAUGCUACGAUUCCGCACAGAAGGCAUGAACGGAAGGCUCCCCUCAGCGUCGAGGCAGUUGACUCGGCCAACACCGUUCUCGAUGCUGUCUGCUUUGGCGAGUUUACCUACUGGGAACCCGAUCUUCCCGUGCAGAAUCCGCCAGUCGUGGUCUCUCAGCCAUCUCGGAUAGCUUCGCAGCCAAUAGUGGCUUCACAGCCAGUAGUGGCUUCCCAAGGGCCCGUGCUCCGUCGACGGGCCAAUACUACCACCAGUAUACACAACGCAUCGUCAGCUUCUUCUCCGACUCUUUCGGACCGCAGACCAGGAUCACGCCGCAUUCGCGCGAAUUCCCUCAUGCGCGCUAACCGUGGCUCUCCAGAGGACAUCCACCUCCAUCCCCAGACGCCUAUUCUCCAGAUCACAACCCCUCUUGACACUAUGUGCACCGGUUGGGAUGCCUCCGAAGACCGCAUGGGUCGUCGACUCGUUCGUUUUCACAAGAUCCAAGACGGUUGCAAAGUCAUUGUUUCCUGCGAAGCUAUCCGCCAGGAUGACUACUGCGACACAGACACUGUCAUUUCCUGUAUUUUCAGGAAUGAAGACCGCCUAUGCUAUGUCACCAGCGUGGAUAUCAUUUAUCUGCUCGAGAGGCUCACCAACGACGACUUUCCUGUCGAGGAGAAAAACCGCAUAAGGCGCAAUUUGGAGGGGUUGAGGCCGACAACCGUCAGCAAACACAAACAUGGGUUUGAGGUCUUCUUCCACCGCAUCAUGGAGUUCCCUGAUCCCAAGCCCCGGAAUAUUGAGAAAGACCUCAAAGUGUUUGAGUGGUCGCUUCUUGGACAGGCGCUUGACAAAAUCCUGUCUAAAUAUUCUGUCUACACAUCAGAUUCACCCACCGAUUCAACAGCCUCCCUUCCCGCAGACCCACAAUCAUCAUCUGUCGACAGCCGACUUUACCAUGACCCACUCCCCAUUCCUGAUAAAUUCCAGAACCUUCCUGAUACUAUCCUUUUGUCUGCUUCGCAUGAUAGUUCAGGUUGCGUCACUCCGGCGGAGCCAGUGUAUGACUACAAUACACCCUGGUCAGGGACGGAGCAGCACCCAGCGGCAUUAGCGUUGAACGACUUGCAUGGUGUAACAGGAUAUCCGUUGGAGCCACCGUUGGACUUCUACUGGCCGCAUCAGACCUAA